CCCGGAUGGAGCUCGCACCGGAAGAGAAGGGGCAGCUCUCCCAGCCAUCUUGUGGCAGCAUCCAGCGAAUUGUUCGCAUCAAGCCUCGUAGAAUCGGAGGUGAAUCCCGCUGAAGGGGCGCCAUCAUGCCCGGACACUUGCAAGAAGGCUUCGGCUGCGUCGUAACCAACCGGUUCGACCAGUUAUUGGACGACGAGUCCGACCCGUUCGAGAUCCUGAAAGCUGCAGAAAACAAGAAGAAGGAGGGGGCCGCUGCUGGGUCCACCAAGAGCGCCGCUCAAGCCGCCAAGCAGCUGAAGAAGGAGUCACAGAAGGACAGAAAGAACCCGCUGCUGGACAAGAAGGAGGAGUCCCAGGCUCCUGUGCCCCUGAAGAAAGAAGGUAUCAGGCGGAUGGGCCGAAGACCAGACCAGCAGGGCCAGCCUGGUUCCCAACACCAGGGUGGACCGGGUGAAGGGCGACCUGGAGACAAGAGGCCGGACCGAAGACCUCCCCGUGAGCGUCGCUUUGAGAAGCCUGCAGAGGACAAGCCUGAGGGAGUAGGAGAGUUCUCUGUAGACAAGCCCUCUGGAGACAGGCCCCCGAGAGGACGUGGUGGCAGCCGGGGUGGGCGUGGUGGAAGAGGACGGGGUAUGGGCCGAGGAGACGGCUUUGACUCCCGCGGAAAGCGAGACUUUGACAGACACAGCGGCAACGACAAAUCCAAUCAGAAAAGCGAGGAGAAGCGUGCCGGAGGCGGCUCAAACAACUGGGGCACCGUGAAGGAAGAAGUGAGUGAGGCUGAACAGACUGCUGCUGCUGAGACGACCCCAGAGGGAGAGGAAAAUGCACCUGCCAGCUCUGAGAACAAAGAAAACGAGGUCGAAGAAGUGAAAAACGAAGGCCCCAAAGAGAUGACCCUGGACGAGUGGAAGGCCAUGCAGGACAAGGAGCGCACCAAAGUGGAGUUCAACAUCCGCAAGCCCAACGAGGGAGCUGACAGCCAGUGGAAGAAAGGAUACGUGCUGCACAAGUCCAAGAGUGAAGAUGUUAGCGAGAAGCCUGUUGGAGCUUUGAUCGACACCGCAGAGACAGAAGUAGAGCCACCAACUCUGUUCCACAAGCAGGCCAACCCUGACGACCCAAGUGACCACCACUUCCGCAAACCAGCCAAUGACAUCACAUCUCAACUGGAGAUCAACUUUGGAGACCUGGGCCGCCCUGGCCGCGGGCGUGGGGGAGCUCGUGGCGGCAGGGGAGGCCGCGGAGGGGGAGGCAGCAGGACGGCACGUGGUGGAGGACGCUCCGAAAAGCCUGCUCGGCCCUGACUGGUUACCGGCCGGUCCUCACAAGUAUAGUCGAUUUUGUGCUGAUCUCCGCCUGCCACACACCAGCCGUUUUAUGCUGUGCGCACAACUACACAAACACUGACGGACAUGUCAGCAGUGCAGACGUGAGGUGCCAGUCAGUAGAGGAGAAAAAAGGUUUGACAGAGGAGAAGAAACACAGCGUUUCCCUGCCCUUGCUCCCUCUUUACCUCUCUGCCCGUAUGUAUGUGCACGCUCCCGCUGUCGGUCUCUCUCUGUCUCAGGCUGGGGGAGCACAGCACGUUAUAAUAUAUUAUUAAUAAUCCUGUAAUAUUAUUUGGUUAUGGAGGGACACCUAAAUGAUAACACCUCAGUGUAUAAUACAAAUCUUAUUGAUUAACGUAUAUAAAGGUUCCUUGUGAUUUUCAUUAACACUCGUUCUGUUAUCCGUU